AUGCCAUACAUCUCGGGGCUUGAUACCUUUGCAGCCAUCUACACCCUCCACUACAUACAUACGCUCCCCAUCGAGCUUCGCAGUAUAUGGUCUAGGAGGUUUACUGGAACCUCGGUCCUAUUUCUCCUCAAUCGGCAUGGCUUCAUGUUAUCGCAGAUAUUGAACACCAUCGGUGACUUUCCUGGAAAUAUCGGCCAGCUCCCCUUUGGAGUUUACAACUGCUUCCUUGAACGUAGUGACCUCCUUUUCCACAUCCAUGACCGGUCAUUGAUCAAGCACGAGGCAGUGCUUUUGCUGCUCAGGGUUUAUUCGAUAUACGGCUUAAAUCGACUUAUUCUGGCUGUUGGGCUCGUCUUUAUCAUACCCGUCGCCGCUUUGAACGUAUAUACAUCUACCGGAUUAGUCCCACAGACAGCUUCUGGUUCUAUUGUCAGCAAAUUCACGACCUGUUUUGCCGGUGUAAAUACCACAAGAUUUGAGUCGACCACCUUUCAAGUUGCAACAUAUCUCUCUCAUGGUGCUGACCUUGGAUUUAUGACGUACGGCAGUUAUGCUUGUGAUACAACUGCUCCCACUGGCCUCGGAAACGUGGCUCCUCUCGCUAAUGCUAUACAAGCUUUCAGGCGUGAUCCGUGCGAUGCGCGGGACAGGCCAAAAGAGCUUUCUCGAGGUUCUCCAGAGGGACGGACAAUUCUUGCGGUAUCGUUGGCCCAGGCGCGUGGUAGUAAUCCCACCCUGGAGUGGGUCCUCGGAAACGUCGUCUCUCCUUACUUCUCCGUGCUUCAGACUAUCGUCGUCAAUCUUAUGUUCUUAAACCUCCGAAGCCCUGACAGCUGCACACCAGGACAAGAUAUGAACGGCACUGCUUCGUCCCUUCCUGAGAUCAACUUCGUGCAGAACAAGUUCCUCGGGAAUAUAGGAGCACCUGUAGAAUCCGGUCAGUGGGAAGCCGAUUCUGAAGACCUGGAACCUGAGGAAGAUGCUGAGAGCAAUGAAGACGGGUCUGCACUUACGAGCUCCCAUAAUGCGACUACGACCCUGGUUCCAGUGGCCUACGACGAUAAUCUACACGGCGAAGGCGGAGAAAUCAGAUUCGUUCCUCUAACGCGUGUCGCGCAUAUAACCGCCUCAAUAAUACCACUAUCAUCGGCGUCGAAUGUCUGA